AGCUCCUUAAACCGGACCCGAGAAAAGUGAAACUACAGUUUGAGUUUGGAGACGUGUUUUAUGAAGAGACGCUCAGGGAGGGAUUGUGAAGACACCACUUGUUUACUCCAGCAUGAUCUCUGCCCCUCUGGACUUGCCAUGCUCGGCAUCACCUGACAGGGGUGGGGAAGGAGAAGCGUAUAUAGCCCUGUCUCCGUCCAGGCCUGGAGUAGAUGCCAAGGACAGCGGCACUACAGCAGCACUGUUCCAAGGCUACGUUCCCACUGCCGCCAUCAUGAAGCUGCUUGCGAUGGUUGUUCUGCUCGUCACUGUCUGUAGCCUGGAAGGGGCUUUGGUUCGGAGACAGGCAGAAGAGCCGGGUCUGCAGGGCCUGUUCAGUCAGUAUUUUCAGACCAUGACUGACUAUGGCAAGGACUUGAUGGAGAAGGCCAAGAGCACGGAGAUCCAGACCCAAGCCAAGGCUUACUUUGAAAAGACACAUGAGCAGCUGACACCCCUGGUCAAGAAAGCCGGAGCAGAUCUGAUGAGCUUCUUCAGCCACUUUAUGAACUUUGAGAAACCAGCUCCUGCUGCUAAGUGAGGUGUGGGGCACCCGUCUUCCUACCCCAGCUCCCCACUGGCCUGCCCUAGAGCCCCCUCCUGCCCACUGGCCUACCCUAAAGCCCCCACUCUACCUUCUGCCUGUGUUGUACAAU